GUUCUCCCCAUUGUACUGUGAUGCAACUGCUCCUUGAGUCGCCAGGCAACCCUUGUUUUUUAUUGUCCUCGAAUGCGGGUGAGAAAUUGCUAAGCAAAGCAAAUCUGCAUUUGGUGUAUGCAUCUCAGGUUGAGCUAAAUGGCAUAACGAAAUUGUACCCUGUUAGACUGCGGGUGACGGAGCUGAAAUCUUCCAGAGCUUCCAAAUCUGAUUCCUCCUGAAGGAACCAGCUGUUAGCAAGCAGAGUUUGGUUAAAAACCUCGGCAGAAAGAGCUGCGACGACCCCCAUUGACUUCAGUGAGGUCUGACCCUUUCUGAUGUCUGAAUACAAAUGAGUGAGAAGCUACAUGGAACCCAUGGCUGUAGCCCUUUUGGUGAGCUCCAGCAGCUUAGCAAGCAAUACAGCAAUAUCAAGCUCCUCCAGCUGGAUGUGGUCUGUGAAAACAGCAUCAAGAAAGUAGUCAAGGAAGUGGAAGAAAUUGUGGGAGACAAAGGUCUGAACUGCCUCAUCAACAACGCUGGCAUCAACGUGCUUGCCUCCUUGGAAGAUGUUACAGCAGAGACGAUGCUCACCAUCUACGAAACCAACACAGUCGCCCAGCUGAUGGUCACUAAGGCUUUUCUACCCCUUCUGAGGAAGGCAGCUCAGCUGAGCACAGGAAUGGGCUGCCAUAGAGCUGCUAUUAUUAAUAUGUCCUCUCUUGCUGCCUCUAUGCAACUCGUCCAGGCGAAUGAGAUGUUCCUCAAGGUCUACCCCUACAGGAUAGCAAAGACUGCACUGAACAUGAUCACCAGAUGUCUCGCUGCGGACUUGAAAUCAGAUGGAAUUCUCUGCAUUUCUCUGCAUCCAGGCUGGGUUCAGACAGACAUGGGCGGAAACAUGGCUCCUUUGCAGGUGCAAGAGGCCAUCCCUGGUAUUCUCUCUGUUCUGGAUCGUCUUGGUGAAAAAGAAAACGGUUCCUUCCUGGACUGGCAAGGGGAAACUCUACCGUGGUAGAUGUGCAUAGUAUAGUACAGAAACAGCAUGUUGGUCACUAUUCAACUUGCAUCAACUACUGUCUCCGUCUUCAGGGUAUUCUUAGAUUCUCAUAGAAAUAGCCAGUCUGAUAUCCACCCCCUCUCCAGGUAUAUUCAGAAAGGUUUACUCUUCCUUGAUAUCACUACUGCUCUGCUCUAACACUUCUGACAAUACCACAGUGCUCUUAGUGAUGGGUCUCUCCCAGAACCAGUUAACACUGAUUAAAAAGUACAGGUUAUAUCUGGGGCUGGUUUCACUUUGCUGAUUUGGUUGUAGAAGCAGCCUGCCCUCAGACCUGCUCUGACAGCACAGGCUCUUAGAGCCUGCUAUGGUGGAUGUGCUGGAGACACGUCUUGGUCCUCCAGUUUCCUCCAGACCUGACAAACUUUGUGGAUUUGGUACUUCUGAGUGUCCUCAGGUUCACAGCUUUGCUUUUGUUCCCAGUGGGUGAUUAGCAUCCUGAUCUUGGGGUGGGAACGUGGUUUUGUACAUAGAUUUCUGAAGCGUCUUCAAUAAAGUCUCGUUUCAACAAA